AUGGGUGACGCGAAAGCAAAACACAACACCGAAAUCCACCGGGACUUCGUGUGUCAAACUCCCGAAUACCACCGUAAAAGAUCAUUGAGCAUCCAGCCUGAUCGUACUGACAUUGGAACUAGCUUGAGUGAACUAUGGGCAGGCAUUGCAAUCCGAGAAGAGUCCGAAAGAGCCAUCAAAGUGGGCAUAGCAGUCCAUGAUGGCACUUACAGUGUGGACUUCGCAGUCCAUCGAAUCAGUUUAGAGGAGGAACCUGACAAAGAGGGAAAUUGGAUCGUGGAUCACCUAAUUCCUUCUCUGUCCGACUACAGAAAGGAGCAUGUUUGCAAAAUUCUCGGAGUUGGGGUUACAGCAGAUCUUCAUGAGAAAAGUCCCAACCUAUGUUCACGAUUGUGGGCUGAGCUCGACAUUGUACCAAUUGUCGUGAGCUCGAACGAAAUACUACCCUCCCGAGCAGAAAAGAAUCGCGUGCUGGAAGUGGAUGAGCUUGCCGAUUCUGCUGCACGAAAGUGUCUUGCACUUUUUGCACCGACAAAACAGCCUCGCCUUGCAAUCAGUUAUCGCAAUGAAGUAGAAGUCGACUACGGAGGUUUGAUCCAGCCCACUACAGUAGAGGACUACAGGCGAUCCGUCCGAGAGCCGACUUGGAGAGCUGUUCAGAAGUUCAUCAAGGAUGCGGUCGAACGCAAGUUGAGAAUUGUGUUCUUCAGUGCAACUCCACAAGGUGGCGGCGUUGCGUUGAUGCGCCAUGCAUUGUUGAGAUUCUUAACAAUGCAAGGUGUGAACGUCGAAUGGUUCGUCCCAAAACCUAGACCGGAUGUCUUCCGUAUCACCAAGACAAAUCACAAUAUUCUCCAAGGUGUUGUGCCUCCAGACGUCCGAGCAACCGAUGAACAGCUCGGCAGUAUCAAGCAAUGGAUUGUUGAGAAUGCCGAAAGGUACUGGCUUGGAGAGAAUGGACCCCUAAGAGCACCAGCAGACGGGGGUGCCGACGUUAUCAUUAUCGACGAUCCUCAAAUGCCUGAGUUGAUACCAUUCGCGAAGAGAGAGGCGCCAGAUCGUCCAAUUAUCUUCAGGAGUCAUAUUGAGGUUCGCGACGAUUUGGUCCUCGAAGACGGUAGUGCUGCUCAACAUGUGUGGCGUAACAUGUGGGCAACUAUCCGCCAAGCAGAUGUUUUCAUCAGCCAUCCUGUCAAAUCAUUCGUCCCAAGUGAUGUACGCAGGGACACUCUCGGCUGGCUACCUGCUACCACCGAUUGGCUCGAUGGACUGAACAAGGAUAUGGAAGAAUGGGAUUUGCAGUACUAUAUCCAUGUACUGAGACAAGCCUGUCAAGCUCAGGCACUCCCACAACUAGCCUACCCAAAUCGUGGCUUCUUCACCCAGAUUGCACGUUUCGACCCCUCUAAGGGCAUCCCCGACUUGAUUAAGAGUUAUGCACGAUUCAGAGAGCUCAUGAAAGAUGAGCCUCUCCGAAAUGUCCAACAAUUGGUCAUUUGUGGUCACAGUUCGAUCGACGAUCCAGAUGGCAGUCUAGUGUACGACCAAACCAUGAACGAGAUCGACGAGUUCCACUCUGACAUCAAAGACGAUAUCGUGGUGGUUCGACUGGGGCCGAGCGAUCAAAUCCUCAACGCAAUCCUCUCGUUAUCUACAGUGGCUCUGCAAUUGUCGACGAGGGAAGGAUUCGAGGUGAAAGUCUCAGAAGCAUUGCACAAGGGAAAACCUGUCAUCGCUACUCUCGCAGGCGGAAUUCCACUGCAAGUAGAACACGGCAAGAGUGGAUUUCUGGUAAAAAGAGGUGACCACGAAGCCGUCGCACAACACCUCUAUGACCUAGUCAUCGACUACGAUCUCUAUGAACGGAUGAGUGAAUACGCCAAAACUCAUGUGAGCGACGAAGUGCAUACGGUCGGUAAUGCCCUCAGUUGGCUUUAUCUCGCCUGCUCACUCGCAGGGGGGAAGGCACUGAAGCCAAACGGGAGGUGGAUCAAUGAUCUGGCGCGUGAGGCUGCGGGUGAACCAUACACUGAUGAAGAACCGCGUUUGCCUAGGCAUCUGUCGACUUGA